AUGUGGAUCCUUCAAAAAGUCCAAGACAGAGCUGAGAGCCUGCCAGUGGAGAUCAGUCGACUGGUAGGUAAGAGCUCUGUGGAUAUCUCAGCUAAGGCAAACCUACUCAACAAACUUCACAGCAACGUCCUGACUCCAGACAAAAUCCCAGACUUUUUCCUGCCUCCUAGGCUAAGCAGACGCUCUCUUGAGGCAGUGGAGAACAUUGUUACUAAUUACCUCUGUGAAAAUGAAGCCAACUGCAGCCAGAACUUCCUACCAAAACCUAACAUGACUACAGUAAUAAAAAGCAAUGCUAAGAACAAGGAUAUCAUGGUGCAAUUAUGUCCAAAAAAAUCAAUUCCAUUUUCAUUAAAAAGUUAUGAGUCUGGAUUUUCUGAGAGUCCAAACACACGGCGCAAGGAGUCACUGUUUCAUUCAACAUUUUCCAACUACAAGCUGAAACACAUAACCAAAAGGGAGGUGCCAAGACUGCCCUCCAUAACAGUGCUAAAGGUGAAAAGUUUGGAAAGUGACACCAGUUUAUCUGCUGACUCCUCUCCAUACAGCUCGCCACCUACAAUCAGGAGCAAGCAUGAUAAAGGCUUCUUGUCAUGUUCAACAUCCAAUGAGUCUCUUCAAAAAGAAGUUCCACAGAGCUCCAGAAUUAAGUCUGAAAGUAUUACAAAGGCAAAUCAUGUUGAUAAAGUUACCUCAUCAACCCUAGCCCCACCCCUACAGUUCCCAGUGGACAUGCUGCACUGUCAGGAGCAACUCCAUAGCGAGCAUGUUCUCCUUUUUCCACACAGAGGAUGUAUUCGUCUCUCUGCCUGUAGUGUGACCAGAGAUCAAGUCACCAUCCGAAUCCGCGUUAUCUCGGUGGAGGACAUGCGUGAACCCGGUGACCCCAGACCCCUUCACUGUGGGCUUAACUUGUGCCUGAGCCCAGGCAAGCUACAACGUCAGCAUAGUGCCAUAAUUAGGAACUGUCGCAACCCAGUGUUUAAUGAGGACUUCUUCUUUACAAAGCCGGAAGGACAGGAGCUAGGACUGCAGGAUUUCUCUCUAAGGGUAAAAGUACUGGAGAAAAGCAGUGGACUGGGGAGAGCAACAGUGCUAGGGGCUGUGGUCAAACCACUCACUGAGCUAUUAGCACUAUAG